UGCGUUGUUUUGACCCGUUUCUAAGUAUUUUUAUCACCCACAAACAAUUACUCAUUUUGUGUGUUAAAUUGUGGCUGUAAGUCACUCCCAGAGAGAGAGAGGAAGGAAGAACGGGUGUUGUUGGUGGUUGUUGUCAUCCUCAUGGCAGCCCUUUCCUCCAUCCUCUCCUCUUCUCUUCCUCUCUUCCAUCGCCACUCUUCACCCACUUCCUUUCGCCCCUCCCUCUCCCUAUCUUUCUCUCCCUUACGCCAUUCCUCAAACCCUACAAAAUCUCCAGCCCCUUUUCUUGUUCUUGCUUCCUCAAUCCACUCCUUCGACGAUUUCACCUCCAAGUCCAAGAAAUCGGUGCUUACGGAGUUGAUACAAGAGAUAGAACCUCUCGAUGUGAGCCACAUCCAGAAAGAUGUUCCACCAACUACUGCAGAUGCCAUGAAAAGGACCAUCUCUGGUAUGCUGGGCUUGCUUCCAUCUGAUCAAUUUCACGUUGUCAUCGAGGCCAUGUGGGAACCGCUCUCCAAGUUGCUGAUUUCUUCAAUGAUGACUGGGUAUACACUGCGCAAUGCUGAAUAUAGGCUUUGUCUUGAGAAAAACCUUGAUAUGUGUGAACGAGAUACAGAGAAGGCAAAGGCAGAAAGUCCGAAUGUUGACUUACAAGGGUUGCUGCAUGACAGUGUAAAUGUCAUUGACUUUGGUAGAAAGAAGAAUUUGUUUACCAAAUUUGAAAAGCUUCAUGAGAAUGUCGACAUUCAAGAUCUUGGUGAAAUAUCUGCAGAAGCUCAAGAAUAUAUUUUUAAUUUGCAAUCUCAAUUGUCUUCCAUGAAGAAGGAACUGCACGAAGUGAAGAGGAAAAGCGCUGCUCUUCAAAUGCAACAGUUUGUUGGGGAGGAAAAGAAUGAUUUAUUGGAUUAUUUGAGAUCUCUUCAACCUGAACAGGUAGCUCAACUAUCAGAAUUUACUUGCCCCGAGCUUAAGGAGAUCAUCCUUUCUGUUGUCCAUGGUCUCCUUGCUACCCUUUCUCCUAAGAUGCAUUCUAAACCUUCAACUAUGUCAGAGAAUGCAACAGUUGGAGCAGCAAAUCUUGACGGUGAGGAUUGUGCUGAGGUGAUCGAGAACUCUUCUCUUCAAUUUCAGCCUGUCAUUUCAUUAACUCGGGACUAUCUUGCUCGCCUGCUCUUUUGGUGCAUGCUGUUGGGACACUAUCUUAGAGGCCUUGAGUGCCGAAUGGAGUUGACAGAAUUGCUAUCCUUGACAAGUGAUACUGAGAAUGAUGCCUCUGGCAGUCAACAAAUUGCUUGAAUGAUGUUCAAAUUUUGAUUGUUCAAUCUGUAUAUAGAGGCACGGUUUCAACAAAUUUAUUUUCAACAUGAAGAGAUCAUAAAACAGAUUCAAGUACUAGUCAACUUCUGCUGAGAAGAUAUAUUUGCUUAUGGAAGAAUCUUGCGUUCCUGGCGCUUACCAGUUUUCAUUAUGUCAGACCAUUGGAAGGAUCGAAGAUGGUUGGCAUGUGGCAUUUUUGUUACUGGGUGAUUAAAUAGUAUAGAAUAUGGAAAUGUUGUGAAGAACUAUGCACCAUGAGAUGCAAAACGUAGUUUAUUAGUUACCAGCUUUAUUUGAAUAAAACAAUUUAGUUAGAUGUAGAUUUUAUAGAUCUUCUUAUCUCAUUUGAUUUCUUGCCCCGGUAAUAAAGAGCUGAUAAGUUUGUUAAAACAACACAUUUUAUUAUUACUUUUAGAAAGAUGUUAAAAUUCUCUGUAGUUAUUGAUUUUAGUUAAAGAAAAAACACUUCACAGUGAAGAGCAAAAUAGCUACGGGUACUUUAUCAUUUAUCGACCUCUUUGUACUCCAUUUCUCCUCCCCUUUGCAGUUUAGAGAGCCGAUGUAGCUAAAACGUAAAGAUUACAUUUGGAGGAGAAAUGCUUGUAAUACAUAUUUUUUAACAAAAAGAAAAAGAAGUAUGAGAGAGAAAUAUUAAU